AUGUAUCAUCAUUUUCUAAUUAAUUUAAUUCAACGUUUUUCCUUCCUUCAACAAUAUCUCAUAAUUUUAUCCUUAUCCUCGGUCUUCCUUCUAAUAUUCAAUCGUUGGUGGUGUAUCUUAUUAUUGCCUUUAAGUACAAUAAUUGCAAAUAUUGUAAUAAAACGUUUAUCUCAUACGAAUCAAUCACCAUUGAAAAUAUCUGGUUAUAUAUAUAAUAUUUUCAUUCGAAAACGAACAGAUGAUAAAAUUAGUGAUACAACCCAUUCAUUUGAAAUAUCCCUACAAAAAGAAUGUGAUACAUAUAUUCGAAUAAUAAUUGCUCGUUAUAUAAGUGUUUGGUAUUAUCCAUUAAUAUCAACCGAUCAAGAAUUUCCUGAAGAUUUAAUAAUUAUAUUUGAUAUAAUUUUAAAUCGUUUAAAUGAUCGUCUUAAAUCUUUAAAUUCUUAUGAUCUAAUUCGUCGUAUAAUUAAUUUAAAACAUAAACAUAUGGAACAAUAUUUACAUGCAAGUGAUUCAUAUAGAAGACAACGUAGAGAAAAUCGAAUAAGUAAAUCAGUUGUUGAAGAAUUUUCACAAAUUAUUGGUUUUCAUCGAUCAAUUGUAAAUAAUGAUAUACAUGCAUAUUUAAAAGCAUUGAGUGAAUUAUUUUUAACAGAUUUAGUACCAGAAUCUUUUCAUGUUUAUUCUGGUAGUCAUACAGGAAAAGAAUUUCUUACACAAAUUAUUGUUAAUUGUAUAUUUUUACCAUUGUUUAAUACGUUUUCUAAUCCACGAAUGAUUUAUUAUUUAAUUGUUAUUCUAUUCGAAACAGAAGAACAGAAAAAUGCUAUUAGAAUGAAUGAAGAUUCUUUAAUAGUACAACCUACAGCGAAUAUUAAUGAAAAUGAACCUCCGAUGUUAGCAGAAGAUCCUGUUGAUCAACCAAAUCAUAAUGACGAACGUAGAGGAUCACGUUUGGAACGCAUUAUUUAUUCAGCGACUAUCAGUUCACAUGAAAUAGCCUAUAAUGCCAGGACUGGCGCACCUUAUACUGCUUAUGUUAUACAAAUGGAAACGAAGUCUCCAUAUGCAGCCAAUACUAUUCAUCAAUAUUCAGUUCGACGACGUUUUAGUGAAUUUUUGAAUCUACAUAGAAGAUUACAACAAAAUCCCAUAACAGGCCGACAUUCUUAUGAUAUUGAUGAAAUUUUUCGUGCUCUUCCUAUUCCAAUUGAUAGUAUGAAUUCAGAAAUUAUUCAUCGACGAAAAUGUAUACUUGAUCAAUAUAUUCAAAAAUUAAUUUCAAAUGAAGUUCUCAAUUGUUCACAUGAUGCUCUUGAAUUUUUUGCUUAUAAUUCUGAUCCGAAUAUACUAUUUGAACCAUUAGCACCUACUAGAUUACCAGUUCCACGUCCUGAUAAAGCAUUCCUUCGUACUAUAUCGGAUGUUGGUACUAAACUAAAUAAUUUACUUCCAACUAAACGUGAAUUACAAAUACGUGAAACAUUUCAAUUAAAUAUUACACCAACAUAUGAAAAAACAUCGUCUACUAUGGAUGAGUUACGAUAUUUUGUUCGACAAUCAUCAUUACGAUCUACGUCAAAUUCUUUAACAUUAAAUCCUACUGAUACGGAAUUUUUACAAUCGUUGUUAACACGUCCUUCGAUUGCAACAUCGCGUCGAAAAGAGAAACUUCAAUCCGAUAUACCAUUAACUGACACAACACUUAAUUUAAUCCAAACAUGUUUACAUUCUCGCGAUAAAAUGAUUAAUUAUGAAUCUACGCAUCGAAUUCUUCGUACAAUUUUUGGUCAUUUGAUUGAAGAAUUUUUAAAAGAACAAAUUGAUGAUAUACUUUCCAAAGAAAAUAUUCUUAUGUAUUUGGUUGACAUACGCGAAAAAGUUCUUUGGCCUGCUGAUGAGAAUACAUUUAUCCCAAUGAAAAAUGUUAAACGUCGAGCACUUAAUGCAUGUAUCAAUAAAAUUCCAAGUUGGCUUCAACAAAUCGUCGGUGUAGAUAAUGUUCGUCGUGUAAUUAGUAAUUUACUUGAUUGUUUAAGCCAUGAAGAACUUAAUCGACAUUUUAUUUGUAAUUUAUUUGAUUUAUUUAUCGAACAAUUAAUACCUAAUAUGGCAACAGAAGAUUUUUUGAAGAAAUAUGUUCAGAUGCAUGCUGGUGUUCGAUCAUAG